AUGUCAUCGACAGCAGCAGCAGCAGCAGAGUAUACCGAGGUCAUUGACAAGGAUGAUGAGGAGCUAGCUCAAGACCAAUCUACAAUUGAUCAACAUCUCGAUGAUGAGAUUGCUGAUACUGUAUUGUUGACUUCAAAUGUUGACAACAACAAUAUUGAUGAUGAUGACGAGGAGCACCAUUACCUACAAGAACAGCAAGAUGACCCUGAAGACUUGCCCCCAUCCAUCAAGAAUAACAUGGCAGCCAUCAGGAGAAAGACAAUCAAAUCAGAGAUUGGCUCAACCAUUUCAAAGAUCACCUCUGUCAAGAAAGAGGACCUGAAGCUCGACACUGGAAAGUACAUUAAGAGCAUUAUUUAUGGAGGAAUGGAUGGACUUGUCAGCAUAUUCGUCAGUGUCGCUGUGGUUGCCACUGGUCACGACAAGAUUAUGGUGCUUCUGGUCAUUGCACUCGCCAAGCUCGUUGCUGGUGCCAUAUCAAUGGGAAUGGGUGACUAUCUUGGAACACAGGCAGAUGUCGACUUUGCAAAGGGAGAGAGAAUGAGAGAGGAGUGGGAGGUCGAGUACUAUCCAGAAGGUGAAAAGAAAGAGAUGGUCGAAAUCUAUGUCUCGAAGGGCAUACCAGUCGAAGUGGCAACAGAGGUUGUCGACAUCCUGGCCAAGAACAAGAAGGGCUUUGUAGAUAUAAUGAUGGUGGAGGAGUUGGGUAUCAUGCCCGACAGUGAGCAAGAGGUUGCUUGGAAGAAUGGCCUCAUCAACUUUAUUUCCUUCACAAUUUUCGGUAUCAUCCCAAUCUUCCCUUAUCUGGUAUUCUUGAUUGUAGCUAAAGUCAACAACAUCAGCUUGGCACAUGGAAACACACCAACAUUCGUUGUUGUCAUUGCACUGACUGUUGUCACUCUGUUUCUCAUGGGAGUGUUCCAGGCCAAGUCCACUGGAGCAUCAUGGAUUUGGAAAGGUCUUAUCACUGUAAUUCUUGGUGUGAUUGGUGCAUUCACUGGAUUUGCUACUGUGGAGAUUGUCAGACUUAUUGAUCCAUCGAUCAAUAUCAAUGGU